AAACUUCUUUUAGUCGAAAAAUAACCGUUGAACGAGUUGGACGCGUUUCUGUGCGAGGCUAUGUCGGUCGGUGUUUUCCGUCUCUUGUCGGUGAAAAAUAAGAAUUAAACUCAAAACUAAAGUUCAAAAAUAUUGAAUGAAAAUCGUGUGUGUAGUGCAAAUUGUAGUUGAAUUCAAAGGAAGCUAGCGCAAAAGCAACGCCGCAAUUUCGGCAACCGCAAAGCUAAAUAGUUUAUUGUAUUUGUUGUUGUUCAUUUUUGUAUACAGUCCAGUAACGACCGUGAAACAAAACAACAAAACGCGACGCUGGCGGCAACUGCAUUUUAUAGCUGUAACUGUAAAAACGCGCGGCUAAGCCGCUGGCUACACAAUAAAAAAUAUUCCAUCUAAUUUAAAUUAAAGGUGGAGCAGGCUUGAACAAUGUGCAGACAGUUGCUGGCUGAGCACGCUGGCAGGACAACAAACGCAAGGAUAAUCAACGGCAAUAACGCACAACAACAACAGGAACAACAACAAGAAGAAGAAGAGGAACAACAUUAGCAACAGAGGAAACAACAAUUUUUUUACAUAAACAAAAUGAAUUUUUGAAAACGCUUAAAAGCAAAACAAUGCAAUGCCCUCCAUGCAACUCUUGAUGCAAGCAGCUUAAAAGGACACUUCAUACACAAACACACACACUCACACACACACUUACUCGCACACCUACUCACACACAACUUGACUGAUAGCAUAAACUACAAAAUACAACAAAAAGGCAGCAGCAGCAGCAGCGCAGCAAAGAAAACGUUUUUAAUUUGUAUUAAGUAAAUAUUGCAACUCGUGAUAUGCCAAAUAUGCGUUGCCGCUGCAGCUGCUGCUAAUUUCAAGUCGCAACAACAACAACAACAAUAACUGCAACAACAACAACAGCAACAACUACCCUCCACAUUUAGCUGCCACAGUCAGCUGCAAACAUGGGCAACAAAUGCUGCAGCAAGCGCCAGGAUCAGGAACUGGCGCUGGCCUAUCCGACGGGCGGCUACAAGAAAUCCGACUACACCUUUGGCCAGACGCACAUCAAUAGCAACAGCAGCGUCGGCGCCGGCGUUGUUGCCGCACUCGGCCAGAAGCACAACAAUGGCGGCUCAUUGGACUCCAGAUAUACGCCCGAUCCGAAUCGGGGACCGCUUAAAAUUGGCGCCAAGGGCGGCGUGGACAUCAUACGAACGCGCACCACGCCAACAGCCGGCGUGCCUGGUGGCCUGCCGAAGCGACGCGUCGUUGUCGCUCUCUACGAUUACAAAUCGCGCGAUGAAUCCGACUUGAGCUUUACAAAAGGCGACCGCAUGGAGGUUGUCGAUGACACCGAAUCGGAUUGGUGGCGCGUCGUUAAUCUGACCACGCGCCAGCAGGGCCUGAUACCGCUCAACUUUGUCGCCGAGGAGCGCAGCGUCAACAGCGAGGACUGGUUCUUUGAGAAUGUGCUACGCAAGGAGGCGGAUAAGCUGCUGCUGGCCGAGGAGAAUCCGCGCGGCACAUUUCUGGUGCGUCCCUCGGAACACAAUCCCAAUGGCUAUUCGCUGUCCGUCAAGGACUGGGAGGACGGACGCGGAUAUCAUGUGAAGCACUAUCGCAUCAAGCCUUUGGACAAUGGCGGCUUCUACAUAGCCACAAAUCAAACCUUUGCCUCGCUUCAGGCCCUCGUCAUGGCCUACAGCAAAAACGCGCUCGGCCUGUGUCACAUACUGUCGCGUCCCUGCCCCAAACCGCAGCCACAGAUGUGGGAUCUGGGCCCGGAGCUGCGCGACAAAUAUGAAAUACCACGCUCUGAGAUUCAGCUGCUGCGCAAACUGGGACGCGGUAACUUCGGUGAGGUGUUCUACGGCAAGUGGCGCAACAGCAUCGAUGUGGCGGUCAAAACGCUGCGCGAGGGCACAAUGUCAACGGCCGCAUUCCUCCAGGAGGCGGCCAUCAUGAAGAAGUUUCGACACAAUCGCCUCGUGGCACUCUACGCCGUCUGCUCGCAGGAGGAGCCCAUUUAUAUUGUGCAGGAGUACAUGUCGAAUGGCAGCCUUUUGGACUUUUUGCGCGAAGGCGAGGGACGCUAUCUGCACUUCGAGGAUCUCAUCUAUAUUGCCACACAGGUGGCCAGCGGCAUGGAGUAUCUGGAAUCCAAGCAGCUCAUCCAUCGCGAUUUGGCGGCGCGCAAUGUGCUCAUCGGCGAGAAUAAUGUGGCAAAGAUUUGUGAUUUCGGUUUAGCGCGCGUCAUUGCCGACGAUGAGUAUUGUCCCAAGCAGGGUUCUCGGUUCCCCGUCAAAUGGACAGCGCCCGAGGCCAUCAUCUAUGGCAAGUUUAGUAUCAAGUCGGAUGUCUGGUCAUAUGGCAUAUUGCUGAUGGAGCUUUUUACGUACGGACAAGUGCCCUAUCCGGGCAUGCAUAGUCGGGAGGUGAUUGAGAAUAUCGAGCGCGGUUUUCGCAUGCCAAAGCCAACGAUUCAUUAUUUCCCCGACAACAUCUAUCAUCUGCUGCUCCAAUGCUGGGAUGCAGUGCCCGAAAAACGGCCCACAUUUGAGUUCUUAAAUCAUUACUUUGAGUCGUUCUCGGUGACGUCGGAGGUGCCGUAUCGGGAAGUUCAGGAUUAAGCGGUAGCGAAGGAGUCGUCACAACACCCACACACACACACACACAAUACAAAACACAA